GGCCUGUCUCCCGGGUGACAGGAGGCCGAGAUGGCGGCGCGGGAGGCGGCGGCGCAGCAGCAGCAGCGGUGGCGGCGCGCGCCCGGCUUUGAAUGAGGGGCGGCCGGCGAGGGCGGAGGCUGCGGGAGCGGCCGCCUCGGCCCCUGGCGCCCCGCGCCCCCUGGAGAGCCUUCCUCCUUGGGGCAGGGCAGUAUUGGAGCAGCCUACCUAAUGAUCCACCUUCCUGACUCUUCCUAAUUUAAAGCCUGGAAUAUAAAAAGUGAUUUAAAUGCCAUAGCAUAUUUGAAAUCAAGCUGUCCUUCCAUGGAAUACUCAUGGCCUGAGGAAAAUGUCACAGGGCUGCCUUCUCUUCUCACCAGAAGGAAGGGUUUCUCACCAUGGCCAUAACACAGUUUCGACUCUUUAAAAUCUGUACUUGCCUGGCAGCAGUGCUUUCUUUCAUUAAAAAGUUAAUAUGCAGGUCUGGAAGAGGGCGAAAGUUAAGUGGAGACCAAAUAACUUUGCCAACCACAGUGGAUUAUUCAUCUGUUCCUAAACAGCCUGAAGUAGAAGACUGGUCUUCAUGGGAUGAAGAUGCACCCACCAGUGUGAAGAUUGAAGGUGGCAAUGGUAAUGUGGCUGCUCAGCAAAAUCCUUUGGAACAAAUGGAACCUGAUUAUUUCAAAGAUAUGACACCAACUAUAAGAAAAACUCAAAAAAUAGUUAUUAAAAAACGAGAGCCUCUAAAUUUUGGGAUUGCAGAGGGAAACACAGGAUUCUCUAGCAGAUUAGCAGCUACACAAGAUAUUCCUUUUAUUCACCAGUCCCCUGAACUGGGAGACUUGGAUACUUGGCAAGAAAAUACUAAUGCCUGGGAAGAAGAGGAAGAUGCUGCCUGGCAGGCAGAAGAAGUUCUUAGACAACAGAAGAUAGCAGAAAGGGAAAAAAGAGCAGCAGAACAACAACGAAAGAAAAUGGAGAAAGAGGCCCAAAGGCUAAUGAAAAAGGAACAAAACAAAAUUGGUGUAAAACUGUCCUAACAGAAACCAGGCAUCAGUGGCAGUGCCAGUGAAAAAGAAUUUCAGCUCUACAACAUACAUAUUGGUAUUGAUUUAAGUAUUUCUAGGACUUCAACACACUGCUUGGUUUCAAUGUAUUCUUCAGGUCAUCUUGGAAGCCAGGAUUCUCCCAAAAUAUCUUGAACUACUAGUAGGUGGUUCUUAAAGGAGAAAAAACCCACAGAAAAUCAUGCCUUGACGGAAUGAUAUUUCCUGCAAUAGUUCUAUUCCAGCACCCUUCUUUGCAGCAAAAGUGAUUGAGCAAGGUUGUUGAUUGAAAGACAGUCGUCAUGAACAGCUCAAGCCUAAAGAAAAGAAUGUAAAUAUUCAGUGGUGGGAAAUCUACUGUAUUGUCUGUGCUUACCUGAAAUAUGUAAUUAAACAGUUUUAAAGAA